CCUGGCGCGAGGGCCUCAGUGCGUGUCGCGCGACCAGCGCUUCGAAUUUGCGCGCCUCGGGACUUCGCGAUCCGACUUUCACCCUCGAGGGCAGACGACUUGACUUCCCAGGGGAGGGGGGAUCCAAGUGACCAAUCGCGAUCGAUCGGUACGAUCUAAGGUAGAGGAAAAAAGAAAAAAGGCGGAAUCGUUUGAAGCUAAUUAAACGGAAUGUUUGAUUGCCGAUCUGGUGGACGAGUGGGAAGUCGCGCGGAUUGAUCUCCACGUGGGAAUCGAAGCGAUCGGUUGGAGGGCUACGAUUUGAGAAAAGGGAAAUCUACGAAGUUCGGGAUUAGUUAGAAUCGGCCAGAUAGGUUGGUAUCGCAGUCGCGAAGAGAUCGAAGUUCGGUCGAUCGACUUUUGCGUGGAAAUCGAAGUGCGGGCGAUCCACUGUCGCCCGGAAAUCGAAGUUCGGUAGAUCGACUUCUGUGUGGAAAUCAAAGUUCAGUCGAUCGACUUUUGCGUGGAAAUUGAAGUUCGGUCGGUCGACUUUCCCGUGGAAAUCGAAGUGGCCGACUGUGGUCGGUGAGUGAAGUUCGCGAGAGACAUCUUUGAAUCUAGGAAUCGAUCGAUAUGUAGUAAAGGAAGGAGGGUUAAGAUUUGUGGAAAAGUGAAGAAGAGGAAGUGAUCCCAGUGGAUCGAACCUCGAAGUGACUGUCCGCGAUUAAUGUCGUCGAUUUCUCAGACGAUGUUUGAUUAUCGACUCAGGUGAAAUUGAAUAUACAGGGCUACUGAGUUAACCCGGGAGGACGAGAACGGAUUCUACAAAGAACUUCAAGGACUAAGACGGAAAAUAGAGUUUCUGUCAAGAUAUUGAAAUUCCAAAUCGCAUUUGGCGAGUAACGACAAAUUCGCGAAGCGACGAGCUACGAUACGUAAUUUAUCCAAACCUGAGGCGAAUUAUCGGUGACGGUCCCAUAAGGGAUUUGAAACCAAUCGCUUAUUGAGUAUUUGCGAGUCAAUGGAUCGAGGAAAGGUGAUUUCCUAAAAGAUAUCGAUUCAAAUUCUGCGACUUCAUUCCGCGGAAUUAAGGGAGGACAUUUUUAAUUCGCUAAAAAUCAGCGAGGUGAAAAUCGAGCCAUGGUCUAGAAAACUUUAAAAAAGCUAUCAAUUCGAAAAUCAAUCGAGCACCGAUCCAGAGAUCGAAUUACCGAAUCGGCAUCAUCAAUUGGAUUUAAUCAGCGAUAUCAGCCUGCAAGCGAACUAAUAUUUCAAGGGAGCAACUUUCCAGCAUGAAUUGAACCGAUCAAUCGCGAAUUUCCGAUACCUACAGAAUUCAAACUGAAUCUCAAGUGGUUUAUAAAAGUCCAAGGCAGGGCAUUGGAUUUAAAUUGAUAAGUUAUGGAAUAAAUAAAUAUAAUCACUCGAAAUCAAUCUAACAGAAACGUCGACUAUAUUUCUGGUCUUCGUAUGAAAUUCUAUGGACACGUGAUCGACUAUAUCUUCGAGUUGGUCCCCGUCGUUACCUAACCUAAAAAAAACCUGGAAAAGAAGAAAACCACGUUUACGAAACAAUCAUCGUUUCAACAUCAUUGAAGUGAAAUAAUUGUAAGACAGAACAUCUCUUGGGAACGAAGCCAAACGGCACGCGCACGAUACAUCGGCGAACAUCGUACAGAAAGGGGGACCGUUGCAUUAAAGGAAACAGCAAGAAAUAGACUUUAAAUAACAAACACCGGGGGAUUCUUUCCCAUGUGACGAAACAAUAUCCCGAUAACUUCGGCGUAAUAGUCGAAGAGUUCUAGAAGCGAGCCAGAAGAUACGAUCUUAAAGAAACUACGAAAUCUGCUAAUAAAGAUAAAACAACAGCACCGAUUACGAUAUGCAAGGAAGAUAAAAAAAGAACUAAAUUCGAUUCUGUCAUAAGACCUCGGCGUAUUACACCACUCUCCGAAACAACAGCCGAGUUAAAUGCAAGAAUUGACUCUUCAAGUGAGCAGUAUUAAAAUCUUGUGGGCCGAGAAUUAACAAGGGAUCGAUACUAUAAAUAGGCGAUAGAAGAACCGCCGAAAAGUAUCUUCUGAAAACUCAGACCGGGGAAAAGAUUUCAUUGAAAGACUUGAAAUUCCCUUAUAGUGACUGAAAUUUCCCAAGUUCAUUUUGAAAUUAUCGAUGCCCCUCCGUUAUCCGGACUCGGAGGGACUGUGGAAGCUGACCUUGCGCCGCCAUGUUUUCCGGAAAAGACAAGAACUCGGAGUUUCCGGGUUCUGAGGAACUUCCGGCGGAGCUGCCGAUGGCUCUGUCGUUAUUCCCGAUGAUCGAUCCGGUGUUUAAUCACUCGUUAGACGUGAUUGCAUCGGAGGCUCGAAACCGAGAAUGAAACUUCUGCCCGAGGUCGGAGUUGAUUGGCUUCUAACGAGGGAUUCAACGAGAAAAGGCUGCCGACCCCUCCUCGGUACACCGAGGGUUUAAAUAGUCGAGUUAAGCGUGACUUCGGCGUUAAUCUUGGGAUCCCAAAAGAAGCGAUCAGUCUCUUAGAGACGAUUUAAGGCCGCAUCCGAAAGUCGAGAAUGAACCAGACAAACAUUGGGAGUUAAUCGUCGGAAAAAGAAACUCCUGAGGUGGUUUAUCAGGGAAAGUAUCACGAGUGGAAAAUCCGAGGGCUAAUAAUGAGAUCUCACCUGUUGGUUCAAGAUAUUGUAGGGUGAUAAUAACAUUUGAAGCAAGUUCAAAAAAGAAAGUCGCGAACCUGAUCUGAAGAAAAAUCCUAUCGAGAUCCGAGGAAGCAAUCGAAUCAUACGAGAAUUCGAAAAUAAUCUUGGCAAGAAAUUCCAAGAGAAGUCGACAAAUUUCGCGCAGACAAUUUAAAAUCAGACUCCAAAGUCUACGAUUGUCAACUUAUUUUAGAGAAUUUUCAGGAGCUCGGUUGGGAAUGGCUAUAGUAGCGUGUGAGAAGUGCAACGAGGAUGAAGGUGGACUUUCGAUUUUUGGUUUAAGCGGUUGUAAGACCACGAUAUAACUGAAGCGACUUGGAAUUGAAGCGAAUCGUGCUUGAUCCGAAGUGUAAUCCUAUCGAGUGAGCUUUACAGAGCUUGAAGAGUCUUGUAGGACUCGAACGGCGCUCGAAGCCAUUUAUGGAAAACGAAAUGGGAACGAGAGCGCGUCAUUCUGACAGUAUUUAAUGAUACUAAAUAGAGAUACGCCUCGACACGAGGAAAUUAAUAAAAGAGCGGUGCUAUUUACUCAGCCUUGCAGAGUUCCACUGCUGAUGCGUACUUGACCUACCCUAAAAGAAAUUUCAUUCCCUCUAUCUGAGAAACAAAAGGAAUUGAACGUUUCUCAUUUAAGACGAAACAGAGACCAGGCGGGAGUAAUUACUUCUUAAUGUCAAUAAGAUUCAGAAUUCACCGAGAUCAUACAUUUACUUCGAUUUGAACGAUCUCGCUGUUAAGUGUUAAGUGGGUUAUACGAAAUUUAAACCUGAUAAUGACUGUACGGACAUAGAAAGCACUUUCCACAAAUCAAGGAGCUGACACUAUCUUUCAUGUUAAACAUAACAAGGCUAAUUCGAUACGUCGUGAAACUAAUUCACCCAGAAAACAACCUGGAAUUAGUUAAACAAUAAUUCGGAGCCAAUUCUAAACAUUCUCUACAGCAUCACGUGGAAACACCUCGGACCGAUACAGAACUUCGACGCCAGUGAUUGUAGAUAAGGCAAAUCUAUCUUCUCAAAUGUUAGAAGAAGAGAGAAUAAGUACGGCUAAACGAUGAGGCAAUCGCAGAACGCGAUUGAAAGCGCGACUAAUUCCACAUAGACCUUGAUGCGAACCGGAAUUGACUAGGGUCGAGCACUUGAUCUGAAGAGUAAUCCCAUCGAGUGGGCUGUACAGAGUUUGAAGUUGACGGGGCCGGUCGGCGAUGACUCUUAUCACUUCCGGCAUUGUCCUCGGGCUGCGAGCAAGAGUGCUCGAGGAACCGGAAGACGGCUAAGAUCUACCUGGACGAGAGAGAGUAGCAGAAAGAGACUUCUGAGAGCUCUUCAGGGUGGAACCUGAGGAGUCGGUAUUCAACGAAGCGCUCCUAGCAGAACAAAUCACAACUCCGUCCUCGCGAAAUGUUGCACAGUGAAAAUGGAAACUUGAAAAUCAAUUGUUGCAUAGUUCUCUCAAAAUCUUUAAGUACUUUAUAUUGAACCGAUGGUAAAACAAGAUCAAGAGUUCCGGAUAUUAAGUACUUUAUAUAUGACGAUUCUGUUUCGAGUCGAUCUUGUAAAGCAAUUUAAUAAGGAAAAUAGAAUAAUUAAAAGGAUCGAUUUCGGAAACUUCAUAGAAAACAAUGCAAUACUUUCGGUCCUAGGAAAUACGUCGAGAAGCACUGAAAAGAAAAUUCUCUUAACAAUCGAUAUUCCUUUUUUUCGAUACGUAAUAAAUUGACAUACUAUAUUCGCAAUAAUCCUCCGCGAAUUGACAGUGGUGAUCGAAACGUCGGUUUUCGAUGAUCCGAAAACCCCGCUACGGCUCUUGUCGAGACUAAUGGGUGAAUCGAAAUCGAGAUCUAAAAUCGUUCGAUUGAAAGGACAGGAUGGUCACGUGAGCGAGGAGGUCAAUUUUGAGAAAAGCCGAAAUCGCGCGAAAUCUCGAAAUGAUGGACCUGGUUGACGCUCGGUCUAAUAUUACCGCGGACCAUGGAAACCUAACUAAUAGUUUUGCAGCUAACUUUGCAACCAACUUUCCGAUUAAUAUUACUGAGUGCAAGCAGCCUCUCAAGGAGGGUGCACUCUUCGAGUUCGUGACCAAUGGGAUCCUCCUAAACCUGGUGGGCAUUUUCGGUCUUUUUGGGAAUCUCAUCUCUAUGAUUAUACUCUCGAGGCCACAGAUGAAGUCCUCGAUUAACUACCUGUUGAUUUGGCUAGCCAGGUGCGACACCGUACUCAUCAUAACUUCGGUGCUCACUUUCGGCUUGCCGGCGAUUUACUCGUACACGGGGCUUCUGUUCGAGUACAAGUUCUUGGUAUAUCCAAAGAUCGUCAAGUUCCUGUACCCGCUGACUGGCAUCGUCCAGAUGGGAACUGUCUACCUAACAUUGGCAGUCACCAUGGAACGCUAUGUGGCAGUCUGCCAUCCCUUGAAGGCGAGGUCCUUCUGCACUUAUGGACGAGCACGAAUAGCAGUGAUCUGCAUCGUCAUCGUCUCCAUCAUUUAUAAUUUGUCCAAAUACUGGGAAGUUGACUUCGACACGGAGAUACACUGGAAAUACAACGUAACCGUGACCUGCAUCAUCCCAGCUAGUUUACGGGAGAGCGAAUUAUACGUCACCCUAUACGUCCACUGGAUGUACUUCUUCGUCUAUUAUUUAUUUCCAUUUGGCUGCUUGGUCAUCUUCAACUUCGCCAUCUACAGAAGGGUGAGGAAAGCAAACCGAGAGCUGCAGCACCUGUCCCGCCACCAGCGCCGAGAGAUAGGCCUGGCGACAAUGUUGCUCUGCGUGGUGAUAGUCUUCAUCAUCUGCAACAUCCUGCCGCUAGUCUCGAACGUGUACGAGAAGUUUUGGCGGGACCCCCCAGGGUGGCUGGUGCAGACCGGGGACCUGCUGGUGACCAUCAACAGCAGCAUCAACUUCAUCAUCUACGUAAUCUUCGGGCGGAAGUUCAAGCGGAUAUUUCUCGGGUUAUUCUGCAGCGCCAGAUUCUUCGGCCCCGGUCGGGACAGCCCCGAGUUCCAGACGAACGAGGAAUCCGUCGUCACGACGAACAUCGAGCUGAGGAACUCCUCGAGGCGAUCCCAUCUUUUCAGGCUGAACAACGGCAGGAACAACAACAACGUCCACUCGAACGGCAACUCCGAGCAAAGCCUCAAGGGCUCUGGGAGGUCCGCCAGUCCUGGACCGUGCGUCUAUUAUCCUGCAAGAAGUCCAGUCACGAGUCCUGGCCAGUUGUCAAGGACUACCAGUGCUCACAAUGGUUGGGGCAAGAAGGAUUUGUCCGAAACUGGUCUGCAGUAAAGACCGAGAAUCCUCGAGGUGGGACGAGCCGAAGGACAUAUUGGAUGGUCUUGGUAGGGAAUUUGCGUAGAUCCGGGGGGCGUGAGAAAUUGAGGUGUUAACUCUUAUCGGCCGAAUGUCACCUGUAACGUAACACUGGGUUACACAUUUAUAUACAUAUGUAUAAAGGGGCGACCGAUAAAGGCCGAUAUUUGGCCGAAUGAUGUAUGUACCGAAGGAGGGGAUAUUCACUCGGAAAUCGGUGAAAAUGAUUUCCUUCUUUGAAAGCUGAUUGCCUUUGAUUUCAUACAAUAAACAACAAUGCCAUUGGGUAAGAAGUGACGUUCGAUUUUAAAAUUGUUACAGGGUUUCGGUGAUUUCCAACGAUUUACAGAGGUUUACGAUUUCUAUCUGAUUUGCAAAUGAUUUCGAGCGUUAGAAUCCAUGAUUUCCUGAGCGAAUAACUCCUCGAUACCGAAGUUUGUCGUAAAGAUCUCGGUGACGUCCAUGCGUAUGUACGCGUGGAUGAGGGUAUGGUAUGUACUUGGCGCAAGACUCUGCCGAGUUUCAGGAUCGGGAAAUGCAGCGUAGACGGAAAGAUGUAGUUUGAUAAUAUGUUUUGUUAGAUAAUUAUAAAUCUACUUUCAAGGAGAGCCAAGAAGUCCGAGGGGGUGGCGAAUUUGAAAAGACUCAUUGAUUUCAUAGGACUGUCUUGAUUUAAUCGAAAUGAACAAGAAACACGGUGUAACGAUAAACAACCGCCUGCAGGGUGUUUUGUUAGUUAUUGUAGACCGUUUUUUUUUUUUUUUUCGGAAAUGCCAAGAACUUGGAGAGGGGCAAAUGAAAAAAUUGAAUAUUUUUCAUAGAAUUUCAUAGAUUACAGGCGAUAAAAAUCACGUGCCGCGUUUCUUGUUCAUUAUCGAUUCUCCUGUAGCAAGAAUUGAUAAACCCCGAUAUCGUGACAAUAUGCUUUUAUAAUUUCGUAGAUCUAGUCAUCUUAAUCGGACUGUACGAAACUAUAGGUUAAACCAGUAUACUUCUUAAAAACAUUUCCUACCUAAACAUUUUAAUUGGCACCAUUGUUUUUAAUUAUGUUUCGUUCUUAUGUUAAAACCAAUCUUUCAAUUUUUGUGACGAACCCUAUGGAGAUAACUUUCUUUCACUGUCACGCUUUGGGAUCUUUGCGUAGAGUAUAGAAAGUAAAAUAAAAUUUCCCAGACAAUCCAUUCGCAAUUCCUUCCCGCCGGAGACGGUGGCAGGGAUUCAUCGAAUGUUCAAAUCACUCCUCAAAAGACACGUCCACUCUCGCUCCUCGCAUCCUCAAAACUUUUUCCAGCGGAUUUAAGUUAGCUGAUCCGAAUGGCAUCUGCGAAACUGUUGAUCCUACUGCGAAAAGUCUGCACGUCCGACGUUAUCUACGACAAUUGCCUCCCCGUCCCCUGUAAAUACUCGUGUAUAUAGACUCGUCGUUACCUAAGCUACGUCUCAAUGACAUUGAUACAUCAAAUUGGGAUUUAUCAGGGCAAAGUUGGUGCAUUAUCAUUCAAUUUCACCGCGUCUUCUCUGUGCGAGUAUUGAAAGAACUACAUGACAGCUCUUGUAGCAUACUUAACGUAUCUCGCGACAUUUAAGUAUUAAAUGUAUAUCAAUCGGUUAGCACACAUCCCAUACAUCUUAUCUUUCACCGAGGUUACAUAAAAUAGGAUUGCAAUAGCAACAAUUCAUAGAUAAGAAUCAUACAUUUCCUCGGUGCAUGUCGGGAUGAAAUAGGAUCUCUUCGGGUCUCUAAGAAAUACAAGCGAUAUUUCCCGAUUAAAUUAACGGGCCUUUAGACCAACAAUUAUAAUCUAUUAAGCUAAUUAAUCAAGCCAAAUGAUAUAUAUAAAUCAGAAUUGACAGGAUCUUAUUGUUUUACCCAAACUAUAUUCUUAAAUCUUUGCCUAUUGAAAUAAUUUAUUGAUUGGGAAAUACGUAGAAUCUUUCCACUGUGCCUACCAAGCUUUAGUAACACUAGCAUUAGUUCGUAGUCAUCGUUAAAAUGAUAAUUGCCAAAAUCACAAAUAUAAGCCGAAUUAGGUAGUAACAUGUAUGCGUAUAGUGCGGCAAGUUUAAUUUUUGGAAUAAGCAAAGUAUAGAUUAAAAUGUGAGGUCCACGAUGAGGGGACGAAAUGGAGUAAAUAAAAAUUAAGCCUUCUUGUCCACCGAGUAUACACCGAGGAAAUGAUAGCUUCUCAUUCCUGGAUUAAUGUAUGCACGAACAGUAUUAUUACUCAUACGAUGUAAAAACGAAUUUACAUUAAAGUGAAUUCGUAACACACAAAAGUGUGGGAAUUCACUUUAAUCUAAAUAAAACCACUUCGAGUCAUAAAUAGACAUGUUUCGUUCUCUUUCAUGUUAUAUUGUACACUUUUUAUAUAACAGCGCUAUAUUCAAAUUGCGACGAUAUGAAAUCUCGAGAAUUAUUAAACUAUCGAAACCCGAUUUAAAAUGAAUUACGAAUGAUGGAAAAGAUAUACUUCCCUUGUAUACAAAAUUUUAAAAGGUAUCAAAAUCACUAAUGUCACGAGAUAUUAAAAAAAGACAGUAAAUUGUAAACCCUUGUUUUCCAUUGAAUUCUAAUUACAGUGGUGCUCUCUCAACUAAACUCUCAAAGUAUAAACGAAUCAAGCAAGUUUCACUUUUCAUGUAUAAAUUGUACAAUGACAUGAAUUCAGAACCUGUUGGAUCUUCGCCACAACAAUUAGGAACAGAACACGAACAAACAUUUUUCCUUUGUUAAUAUUUUACGCCAUCUGAGUCUGCGAUAAGAAAUAUAAGAAAUCGUGUAAGUAAAGAUACUGAAGCCUCGUAACUCUCUCAUAAAUAUUGUAAAUAAAUAUGUAAUAUAUUAUAUAGUAAAUAUAAGAAUGAAGAAAUAUAUAAAUUCUUAAUCGUCGGAAACGCUGGAAAUAGCUAAAGGAACUACUGUGAAGACUCGAGUAAAAUUAUCGAGGGAAAUAUAAAUCCAUUCUCUUUGGAAAUUAAACCGCAUCAGAAGGGAGCGAAAGAUGCAGAGAUAUUUUUGUGGAUACUUAAUGUAAAAUGCAAGAAAUAUCUUGACGGAUGAGAUGUUGAGAUAAAAUAGAUACAUGUGCAUUCCGGCUUGGUUGAAAAGGAUGCGCAGGAAAAUUUAAUUUUGUUGACGAAUCCUACUUGUUUACUCGUAACUCUUGCACUUCGGUGUCAGAAUGUUUUAAGGUAGACGUAUUCCAGUAAAAUAUAGAUACGACAACACACAAGUAACGAGAUAUUUUUUCGAACUUAUCACUCGUGUGUUCCCUCAAAACACUGGAAGUUAAGGACAGAUUCCUUUAUCUCCAUAACUUGUUCGCUCACUUGACUGAUGCCUGCGUUAUGAUUACAUAAAUGUUGCGAUGCUAACAGUUGUACAUUUCUUAACCUUCCACAAUUUUAAACGUCUUCAUGAAUUAACGAUAAAUAUUAUUAUCAAGCCAAAGAUAGUCACUCCAAUAUCUCUGAAAAAGAAAUGUUGUCUGAAACCUGUAGAUAAGUCAACUACUUCUAAUAUCUACGUUAAGCACGUAGUCUUAGACAGAGGGAAAAGAAACGCUCUCGUGGCUCUACGGAAAGAGCCCAUGUAUUCUAGUCACGAAAUUUCUAUCACGUUCUAGAUAUACAUACACAGUAGUUAUUAAGUAUUUUGAAAAUGUAAGCGCAUUUCUCGAAUGUAUCAAAAGAGUCUUCGAAUGUAUCAAAAGAGUCUUCGAUGUAUCCUGCUGCGAGUACCAAAACUGCAUCGUAUUCAGUUUUGUAUAAUACGUACAAGCUUCAAUGGAAAGGGGAAUAUUUUGUUAAUUGUGCAGCAAAGCUGAAAACAGAAGUGAUCGCCGAAGAAAAAAUUGUCGUUAAGUGAUUAGGCGCAUGCAAAUGAAUUGAUGUAAGGAGAAUUUACAACGUGGAGCACAUAACUUAAUUUGUGACUAGAUGUGCCUUCACUUGAUUUAAGUUCAUUAAAUGAAACUCUGGUAUCUCAUUCUGGGAAAAGGCAAUUCACUAUUACAAUUCAUUAUAAUUCAUAACUCGCUAAUUGAGGCACAUAGCAUGUAUCAGACAGUAUACAAAAGCUAAUAUAAUUACAGAUUUUUACAAAUUAUUUGCAAAGCUUCAAAUGCAAGCUUAAAAGUUUAAUUAAUUAUGUAUGUUUGUAAAAUUAUUCAAUUCAAAGAAUUUUCCUUUACUCAGGUACGCUUUCUUGUAAAUAAAUACACAAUAUAAAUGUAUAAUGAAAAUGAAUAAAAGACUUAUUUUGACCAAUCCAA